AUGGUUUUCAUAUUCAUUGAUAUUAAUUUAGUUACAUUCGAAAUUAAAGCACGACUGAUAACAAUCACAGGUCCUCGGGGUAGUCUCACAAGAAGUUUCCGCCAUGCUUCAAUAAGCAUUAUAAAAAUGGGGAAACAACGUAUUAUGCUAGAAAAAGUCAAUUCUACAACUCGUGAUGUCGCUCUUCUGAACACAAUUUCCUCCCACAUCACCAAUAUGAUCAAAGGAGUGACAAAACGUUAUGUAAUCAGAGCAAUUAGUCGAAUGUUUCCGAUUGGAAUUGACAUUACUGAAAAUGGGACAAAAUUAACAAUCGAGAAAUUAUUUGGAGGACUUGAAAAACGAAAUUAUUCUUUUCCGCAGGGUGUGACGAUUAGACCUUCAGGGUUAUUGAAGGAUGAGUACUACGUCGAGGGGAAUGAUAUUGAAUUGGUGUCUCGUUCUGGUAUCCGUUCUUUAGUGACUGUUAGCCUCUUCUUUGCACGAGAUGUGUAA